GUCCACGUUCCAAGUAACACAUAUCCAAAAUGAAAUUCCUGGUUGUCGCCGUUGCCCUCCUGGCCGUCGCCCACGCCGAUGUGUCCCACCUGUCGGGCUACAACUACGCUCCCGUGAGCAUCCCAGCUCCGGCUCCAGUGCCCGUGGCCAUCCCCGCCCCCGCUCCCGUGAAGGUUGCUGCUCCCGUGAACACCUACAUUCCCCCAGCACCCGCACCAGCCCCCAUCCAGAUCGAGGUUCCUGCCCCAGCUCCCGCUCCCGUGGCCAUCCCCGCCCCCGUGCCCGUGAAGGUUGCUGCCCCCGUGAACUCCUACAUUCCCCCCGCACCCGUGCAGGUUGAGAUCCCCGCCCCGGCACCCGCUCCCGUGGUCAUCCCCGCCCCGGCUCCCGCUCCCGUGGUCAUCCCCGCCCCGGCUCCCGCUCCCGUGGCCAUCCCCGCCCCCAUCAAGGUCGCCCCCGUGGCCCCCGUCAACACCUACAUUCCCCCCGCACCCGUGAGCAUCCCAGCCCCCGUGUACAAGGCUCCUGCCCCCAUCAGCAUCCCAGCUCCCGCCCCUGCUCCAGUCUACAAGGCGCCCGCUCCCGUCAGCAUCCCAGCUCCCGCCCCAGUGUACUCCGCCCCCGCUCCCGUCGUGGCCUCCCAGUCCGUUCUGGAGGAGAUCGAGCCCGUGUCCGCCGAUGGUUACCGCUACAAGACCGUCCGCCGUGUGGUCCGUCGUCGCCUGUAAAGAGCUACUCCUGCACUGAUCCCGCCCAGGGAGACCUUUAUUCAAUAAAACGAAAAUAGAAUUUAACU